AUGAUCAUAAAUCCAAAGACAAGAACCUUAGUAAUCCAUCUUGACAAUCACAAGAACAAAUUAUGUUUGCAGGGGCCGUAUUCAACAACGUACGUUCCGAAUCUGUUCAACAACUCAAUCAGAGUAUUAUGCAACGCAAAUACCUCCGAAGGCUUUAAUCCCCGGAAAGACGUCUCGUUACCGGAAAUCAACCUCAAGACCGGCGAGAUCUUCGGACUCCUCGGCGGGCCCUCCCCCUCCAGGCGCUCCAUCCUGGCCUUCUUCGCCGGAGGUCUACACGGACACAUUAGGCACCUUCUCCUAGACCGUUGGAAAGGCAAAGACGAAGACAUCCUAGUGUACGAAAAGCUCCCCGGCGGCGGCCCUUCCUACGAGUCGAUGCUGAAAAAUAGCCGGUACUGUUUAUGUCCGAGCGGGUACGAAGUGGCCAGCCCGAGAAUCGUGGAGGCGAUCUAUGCGGAAUGCGUUCCGGUGUUGAUUUCGGACGGGUACGUGCCCCCUUUCAGCGAUGUUCUGAACUGGAAAGCGUUCUCGGUGACGGUGGAGGUUAAAGAUAUUGAGAACUUGAAGACGAUUCUGAUGGGGAUUUCUCAGAGACAGUAUCUGAGGAUGCACAGGAGAGUUAAACAGGUGCAGAGGCACUUCGUGAUCAACGGACCUCCCAAGAGAUUUGAUCUGUUUCACAUGAUUGUUCACUCGAUCUGGCUCAGGAGAUUGAAUGUUCGAGUUCACGAUAGAUGAACUUUUGAUUAUUUCAAUUCUACUCCCAUUUUCGAUUACCUGUUCCCUAGUUUCUUUGCCUAGAUUUUCAUUUCUUCAAGAACAAAUUGGAGAAUUUCUAGGGUAAAUGAAAAUGCAAUGUUUGUUCAAA